CGUCACAGCCAGGCCGAACUGUUAACGGUGGAGUCUGAGAGAGAGAGAGAGAAAGAGAGAGAGUCAUUCAUCUCUCUGCCACAGAAAAGCGAAGUACAGUUGCACAAUACCGGUUAGGAGGAAUAAAACCAGAUCCGCGUUAUGUUCAGCUGGGUGAGCAAGGAGCAGGGUGGAAGGAACAAGGAGGGAGACAUGUUCCAAACGGUGACUGAGGGACUUCAAAGUCUCUACUCUAAAAAAUUACUGCCUUUAGAAGAAGCCUACCUCUUCCAUGACUUUCACUCACCGGCCCUGGAAGAAGCGGAUUUCCAGAGCAAGCCAAUGGUCCUUCUGGUGGGACAGUACUCCACAGGAAAGACCACUUUCAUAAGGUAUUUGCUGGAGCAGGAUUUUCCCGGGAUGCGGAUUGGGCCUGAGCCGACAACAGAUGGCUUCAUUGCUGUGAUGUAUGGCGAGAGCGAGGGAGUUGUACCUGGAAAUGCGCUGGUGGUGGAUCCCAAGAAACCUUUCCGAAAACUCAAUGCCUUUGGAAACGCCUUUCUAAACAGGUUCAUCUGCUCUCAGGUCCCCAACCAAGUCCUGCAGAGUAUUAGCAUCAUUGACACACCGGGGAUCUUGUCUGGAGAAAAACAGCGUAUUAGCAGAGGCUACGAUUUCUCUGAGGUCCUGCGAUGGUUUGGUGAGCGUGUAGAUCGCAUCAUCCUCCUCUUUGAUGCCCACAAGCUGGAUAUCUCUGACGAGUUCUCUGAGGCUAUCAAGGCCUUCCGUGGCCAGGACGACAAGAUCCGUGUGGUUCUAAAUAAGGCGGACCAAGUGGACACACAACAGCUGAUGCGCGUUUACGGGGCCCUGAUGUGGUCGUUGGGCAAAGUUAUCAACACCCCAGAAGUGGUGAGGGUGUUCCUGGGCUCCUUCUGGGCCAAGCCCCUGCAGAACACAGACAACCGCCGGCUCUUUGAGGCUGAAGCACAGGAUCUGUUCCGGGACAUCCAGGCCCUGCCACGCAACGCUGCCCUUCGCAAGCUCAAUGAUCUCAUCAAAAGAGCCAGGCUUGCCAAGGUGCAUGCUUAUAUCAUCAGCUAUCUGAAAAAGGAGAUGCCCACUCUGUUUGGAAAAGAGAAAAAGAAGGAAGAGCUAAUCACACACUUACCUGAAAUCUAUCAACUGCUACAGCGAGAACAUCACAUCUCACCUGGAGAUUUUCCUAAUGUCAACAAGAUGCAGGAGCAACUUAUGCAUUAUGACUUCAGCAAGUUCCCAUCCCUGAAGGUAAAGCUGAUCGAAGCAGUGGACAAGAUGCUGACUAACAAGAUUUCACAUCUGAUGAACAUGAUCCGGGAGGAGGAAGGUAAGCAGCCAACUCAGAUGGUGAUGGGCGGGGCUUUCGACGGCUCGGAGGAUGGGCCAUUCGGCCACGGCUAUGGCGAGGGCAUUAGUGCCGGAGCAGACACUGAGGACUGGAUUGUGAGUCGUGACAAGCCACGGUACGACGAGAUCUUCUACACGCUAAUGCCCAUCAACGGCAAGGUGACCGGCGUCAACGCCAAGAAGGAGAUGAUGAAAUCACGCCUGCCCAACACUGUGCUCGGAAAGAUCUGGAAGCUGGCGGACUGUGACAGGGAUGGCAUGCUGGACGAUGAGGAGUUUGCCCUGGCUCAGCACCUCAUAAAGGUCAAAUUAGAGGGCUACGAGCUGCCCUCAGAGUUACCGCCCCACCUGGUGCCCCCUAGUCACAGGAAGAACCCCACUGCAGACAUCUUGUACAACCAUGAGGACGACUAAGAUCCAGAUGUGACCACAGUAGAAAAACAUGUAUAAACAUCAGUCUACACCUCAUAUCACAGCCUUAAUGGGAUAAUUCAUCCAAAUUCAAAUGUGAAAAGAAUAUAUACAAUUUUCUGUUAUUAUUUAGCUUUAGUUUGCUCUGUAAUGAUUUGUCUUAGGACAGAAUUGUAAAAAAGCAAUGUUAUCUCUAACAUGAGUGAUAUCUGACCAUUUCACCAAGGGAGCUUUUAAAUCAUCACAUACGUUUUUUUGUUAAAAUAGUGUACUUAAAUUAAGUAAUCAUUAUUUGUAUUUUCUCUUUUAUGCAGGUAAUAUCAUUAUGUAGUAUUGUGCGGGUAUACAAGUAUAAAAGGAAAUUAUUUUAUAGCUAGUAAGUUAUAGAACCACAUCUGUUUCUGCAGAUCUAGUACAAAGACUAGGUUAUUAAACAUGAUAUAUUUUUUAAAUCCUAAUGACAAUCCAUUCCCAGUAUUCUUUUGUAGUUUAUUCACUGUCUCAAAAAAUAUGUGAUAAUAUUCAGGCGUCUGUCUGUGCAACCUGUGCAAAGCUUCAUGGUCACUAGAAGGGGCUGAAAAUCCCUACUAUUAUUAUUGCGCUUUUUAUAUCCCAAAAUCUUGGCAGUUAAUGUGGGUCAUAUGGCUAAACCCCCCUCACCACCAGGAAUAGCUCUCUUUUACUUUUCUAAGGAAUCAGAUGUACGGUUUUUAUAUUUCAAUAAGUUUGUCUUCAUAUCUGCAUUUUUAUCUAUGUAUAUAGAUAAACCAAUAAUAACACGUAAUAGUUAAUGGUGUUAAUGCUUAUAAUAAUUUGCUACUGAUCAUGUGCACUGAGACUUCAUGCUUGUUUUUUUCAGGAAACUAAUUUAAUAACUGAAAAACAAAUCUAAUCUCAUUUCCUUUAUGUAGAGAUAAAAAUAUAUAGUUUUCUUUAAUCUGUAUUUCAGAAAAGCAAACCUACUCGGCUGGUGCAAACAAAAUGGUUUAAUUGAAGGUUUAAUUUAAUUAUUGUAUUAAAUGUGCAGUGAAUACUAACCGGCUAACUUUUUUAAAGGCAAGUCUUUAUCUGUUACACAUUAUUUUUUUUAAAUUAUGUAAUAAUUCCCUCCAGCGUUACAUAACACUAGAUGCAAAAUGCGCAUUGGGGUGGAGUUACACCCCACUUAGUUAAUGCCUUCCAAGCGUUAUUAAUCACAGUUUUUCCUCAUUACACAUUUUUACAUGACUAAAUAUUACAUUUUUACAGUAUACUUUAAAUGAUUUACUUUUUUUUGGAAUCUGUUUUUUCAGCAAUCUGAAAUGUGCUCAUGAAAAUAUCUCUUUUUAUAUUCCACCUGUUAACAUUUCUGUCUGCUUACUGUAGAACACUUUCAGUUUUAAUUAAACAGGCUUAGUGUAUAGUGAGGAGAAAAGUGCCUUCAUGUUGUUGCAUAAAAAAUGUCUCAUGUACUAAAUAACUUAUUCAGGGGAUAAGAGGGGCGUUCAAGUCAAACCCGGACUUUAUGAUGACUUUUUCUGUGAAUAAAGGCAUAAAACCAAUUGACAUUUACAGAAGACUGAAGAACAGUAUGGUGAUGAGACUCUUAGCGACAGUAAAACAAUUGAAAUGUGUAAACGAUUUAAAGAAGGCUUUACAUCUGUGAAUGACGAUCCUGGCUGAGGUGGCUUGAAACCCUCUGCCGUCAUACCAUUCAGCAAGCAGAACUACAGAUAGGGAUGGAUAACUUGUUGCCAACUUGCGAAUUAGAUGCAUCUGUCCGUGGGAAUGGCAAAAUCUCGAAAUCAUUCACCAAUAUCAUCAGCAGCACAUUACAGGAAUUUGUUUGGGAAUUGUCACAUCCCUCAUACAGUCCUGACCUCGCACCAAAGUCAUUUCCACAUGUUUGGGCCAUUAAAGGGGUUCCUGGAAGGCCAGCGUUUUAGACUUGAAGCAGGCAGUCUGACCAUGGCCCCGACAUACCAAAAAAGCUUUCCACAUUGAUGGUGUCCAAGUACUAGUGAAGCAUUGGGGUAAAUGAAUUAGUGUAGCAGCGGAUUAUAUAGAGAAAUAAAGUCUCUCAUAACUGUUCUGUUAUUCUGUAAAAGUCCCUUUUUGGCUUGAAGGCUCCUCAUAUUAUUAUUAAAUGGGUAUCUGUUUGGUGAUUAUCAGAAAUGUUUCAUAAAUGUGUGGUGUUAGUUAGUGUAAUACUGUUACCUAUGAGGGAAAACCCGUAAAAAACAGCAACCUGAUUUAAAAUUAAUUUGUGUAAGCUUCUAAUUAAUAAUAUUUUUAUUAUUUUGAACAAACAGCAAAAUGACUCAGAUUCUUUUCUAUGCGUUGUCUCUUUUAAUUAAAUAACUUUUUUUGUUGAUACUCCUUGUACCUUAUAUUCCAUUUCUUUUAAAAAACUCUCAUAUUAAUGUCUAGCAUAUAAAUGACUGUAAAGAAAUAGAAUUAAUUUGUGAAAUA